CAUGACAGAAAUUCGUUUUUAGAAAAUUUAGUUGCGAUUUACAUAUUUUUUUCAUAGUAAUUUUAUUUCUAUUAACAAAAAAGGGAACGAUUUUGUUUUUUUUUUAUUUUAAAUGAAACUAUUUCAUCAAGAUUAAAUGUCAGGGAAUUAUGGCAUGUCACGAGAAACAUUUAAAUUUCAAGAGUUUAUCGAAAGAAUCUCAUUGUAACGGUGGUAAAAUUAAUUCUUUGCCAUUUAAAUUUGCCACGAGUGGUGAAAAUUUAAUAACAAACAAUGGGAAAUUUCAUGUUGGCAAGUUACAAAUUCCUGCUGAUCCAUCCUGGCCAAAAAUUCCACAACGCAGAUUUCCUUAUAGUUAUGGUGAUAUCGAUCAAUCAGGUGUUGUCACAGUAACUAGAACCCCAAGAAGAAGUAGUUCAAUUGGUAGAACUUCUAAUUCAGUAACUAUGAAUGGAAUAACAUCGAAGGAAAAUUUCGAGUCGAUAAGUUAUAAUUCGGGAUUUGUUUCUCAUUCACAAUCAAUGCCACCGCCAACGCUGAGAAGAAGACCUGGAAGUGCUGAUCCACGUUUCAAAAAAGUCACUACCGUCAAAAGUCAAAUAAAAUCAAUGAAAAAUGAUGAUAAUCGUGAUUCAGCCGAUGUUUCUUCAAAUCAAGUGACUGUUGAUAAAUCAAAAAAAAAUGAGCACUCCAGACAGGAAAAGGAUAUUAACGUUGAAAGGAUAAAUCAACAAGAGGCUGAAAAAUUAGAUAAGAAAGAAAUGAAGGAAGCAAAAAAUCAAGAUAAAGAAGAAUUAAAAAUAGAACGAAAUCAUCGUGUCCCUGACAAUUGUCAGCAAAAUGAAAAAUGUCUUUCAGUAAAACGAGAAGUUAGUAAAAAUGUUUAUGAAACGACAGCAAAAAAAAAUUGCAAAUUUCAAGAGGAUAGUAGAAAAAAAAUUCAAGAAACUGAAAAAACAAAAGGAAAUGAAAUGGAAUUAAAAAAAAUUAUGGAUCUUCUUCCAGAUGAUAAGUGUCUAUCUCUGAAAAUGACUAGCAAUUCUAGAGAAAUAUUAGAAAAAAAAGAAGAAAUAAAUUGUGUUUGUAGUGAAAAAUCAAAUUCUCAAAUAAAAAAACAAUCGUCUAAUUUAGAUAAAAUGGAAUCAAACGGCUCGGAAUCAAUGUCAGACGAUGAAAAUUAUAGAAAACGAUGUAAAGAACAUAAUAUGGAUGAUAAAGAAAGUUUUUUUCCAGCAACAACUGAUUCUGAAUUAAUAGACAAUGAAACAGUAACGACAUUGAAUAGAAAAAAAAUAUUUCAUAAUUAUUAUAAUUCACCAAUUAAUGACGAACAAAAUUUAAUAAAAGAUUACGAAUUAAUUGAUUAUUUUCAAACACAUGGAGAUUUUUACAAAUAUCGUCAAUCAAUCGAUUAUUUUGAUCUCGACGAUAAACGUGGUAAAUUCAUUGACAACUCAAAUUAUAAAAAUAAUAAAAUAAAAUCCGAACAAAAUUUAUCGCACGGUGUUUGGCAAAAUUUUCCCAAUUCCGAACCAUUAAUUCCCAUUAAUCAACGAAGAUGCGCAACAUCUUAUUCACAAACAAAAAAAAGUGAUGGUAAAGAUGAAGUAACUGAUUCGGAAUUUGCAUUUCUUUGGCCUGAGCAACAACAACAACAACAUCGAACAAGACGAAAAUCGAGUCAUGGUUAUACACAAAAAUUAAUAGACGAACGACGAAAUCAGAAACGUAAUAAUUUGCCACGAUUAUUUCAAAAAAAAAUGGACAAUUCAAAUAUUAAUAAUAAAAAUUGUGGGGAAUUUGUGACACGUUUUAAUGAAACAAAAGUGCAAAGUGAAAAAUUCUAUCAAGAUAGUAAUGUGAAAUCAAUUGAUUCAAAUAUUCAAGAAGAAGUGAAUUCACCGCGAACUGAAACUGAUAUUGCAUCGGAAAAACCAAAGAGAAUACCAUAUAAAACGCAAAAACUGCUCAAUAAAAGUUAUUGGGAAUAUUAUAGGAAAUUGAAUAAAAACAAAUUAAAUGAAAAUUCACAGAAACAAUGUGAUACAGAUGAUAUUAAUAAUAAGAAUCGAGGAAAUAUGACAAUUUACGAAGAACAAUUGGAAUUAAGUCCACCUGAAAUUCGAACACUAAAAAGAUGCUCCGUCUUGUCGACUAUGAUUAAUAAAAAAUUAGAUUCAGAUUCGCAACCAAUUUUAUGUACAAAACGGCUUCCAAUAAAUAGUGUUAAAUUAUCAGAAAAUAAUGAACAAGCUGAAGAAUUUUUUGACAAUCAAGUUGAAUCUGUAGUGCCGAUAAGAACAAAUGAUGAUUCCAGUGUUUCAUCGAGUUCAGAAAAUAAACGGAAAAAUUCACAAGUUGAUAUUAAGCUUAUUAAAUUAAAAACAAUCGCUUUCUUUGGAAUUUUGAUGUACCUAAUAAUCAUAUUUCUUCCAAUGUUGUACGAUCACAUUUUUCAUGAAGAUUACGACGAGUAUGCAGAUUUGACAUACAUUGAAUUAGCUGUCGACUACGUUGUAUCCUCCUAUCGUGAAGCUUUCAAUGGAAUUCUAGAGUUUGUUAAUAGAAUACUUUAUCGUCCGUUCUUUAUGAUUUUCAGCUCACAUGUAAAAGGUGUAACGGGAUUGUUUAAAUUUAUAAUAGCCAUCAUUCUGCCCUUUCGUUCAUAGAAAUAACAUCUUUUAUUUGAUAUCCCUUAUACUCGAUAUUUUUAUGCUUGACGCAGAUUUACUUUUGUUAUUAUUUGCAAAGUAUUUGUAUUUCCGUUAUUUAUAAUUAAAAAAAAUUACAUUUUACA